CCUAUGGGGUGAGGGGCGUGGCCUCUCGCCGGCAAUGGCGGCGCCGCGCGCUGUUGUGGUGCUGAGCGGGAAGAGGAAAUCCGGGAAGGACUUCGUGGCUGAGGAGCUGCGGAGCCGGCUCGGCCCCGACGUCUGCACUGUCCUGCGCCUCUCGGGGCCCCUCAAGGAGCAGUUCGCCAAGGAACACGGUUUGGAUUUCGAGCGGCUCCUCGACGCCACUGAAUAUAAGGAGCGGUACCGGCACGACAUGAUCCGAUGGGGAGAGGAGAAACGCCGCGCUGAUCCCGGCUGCUUCUGCCGGAGCGCCGUGAAGGGCGCGGCACAGCCGGUGUGGGUGGUGAGCGACGCGCGGCGCCUCUCGGACGUGGAGUGGUUCCGCUCCGGCUAUGGGGAUGCGGUGCAGACGGUUCGCGUUGUGGCCGACGAGGAGACGCGGAAGAAGAGGAAUUGGGUCUUCGUCGCUGGGGUGGACGACGCCGAAUCCGAGUGCGGUUUGGACCGAGGAGUGCCCUUCGAUUGGGUCAUCACCAACAACGGCGACGGAGCGGCUCUGGACGAGCAGCUGGAGGCGCUGCUGCAGAUAUUUCCCAUUGGAGUUCCAAACCCCAUCCGACGUGGUCCGAGACCCCUCCAGGGAUGGGGGAACCUCAACGGGAGGUGGGAAAGGACACUCUCAAACGUGGAAAACCCACCGGUGUCCUGCGCUGCAUCCAGAGCGGUGGGAUCAGCACGGAGAGAGAGGAUUCUGCCCCUCUGCUCCGCUCCGUGA